CCAAAGGAUGGGGCCAAUCCGGUCUGGGGGGCCCAGUCCUGGGCCAUGUAAAGGAGAGCACCCGAGGCACUAGGGUCCCCCGGCCCCAUCAGUGACUGAACCCCGCUCGGGCCCCUGAGGGUCACGUCCUGAUUGGCCUUGUCUGGCCACCAGUGAGGCGCGGGGACGGGGAGCCCUGCGAGAACCUGUGCCAGGUCAGCGAGGUGACUGAUCACACAACCAUUGACAGUGGACACCGAGCACCGACAGGUCCAGCCGUGGCCACUGGCAGAAGACAGGCACCAUGCUUACCCUUGAGUCUGGCCCACCCAGGGCAUCUCAGGCAGGAUCUGAGCAGCCCCAGGCCCUGGGCAGAACCCAGAAGGCGUGCUCAUCGUCCAUCCGCAGCCAGGCGUAUGACUUCCUCCUCCCAGACAUCACCAGUGACCAUCUGCCUCCUUCCAAAGCCACAGGCUGAUGACCUCACCCCUCCUCAGAGCCAAGGCCCCACCAGCAGGGCCUAUUGGAAGCCGAGUUGUUCCCACGGUCCGAGCCUGUCCCAGUGGCUGGCCCUACACACCUGGGUUCUGGGACCAGAGGCCCCUGCCCGGCGUCCCUCGGUCACAAACACCUGUGGUCAGCACUGACAGCGUGAGCCGGGCAGGCAUCCCUCGCCGCCUGUCGGAAGGAGAGAAGGCAGAGAGGAACCAGGAACCGCUCAUCCCCAGGGCUCUGGGCAAGAAAAUCUCACCCAGGGGCAGGACCCCCAUCCCUGUCCUCAUGGCUUCCCCUUCCGGGUCCAGAGUGGGUGUGUCUGCCCCUGCCAGCCGGGCCCUGCCCUGCCCUGCCUCAAUCCACGCCCAGCCAGCCUGUUAUAAACAGGAGGCUGCCUGGCCAUGUCGUCCACAUCCCACUUUGUCUUGUCACCUGCUGGAGCUGCCAUCACUGAGGCAGCUGCCUCACCACGGGAGAAUGGAGGCACCUGCAGAAGGAGGCUCCAGCUUCCAGGUGGGAGCCACGGCCCAUGCAGCCGGUGGUUGCCCGACGUUCCGUGAGGCCCAGCGGCCCCCGCCACCACUGCUGGAGGGCAGGCCCAGAGAGAGGCUGGUGGAGCUGCACACCUCCUUCAGGGAGCUGUUCACCUUCUUCUGCGCCAACGCCACCACCCACGGGGCCAUCCGCCUCGUCUGCUCCAGCCAGAACGGCCUCAAGACUGCGUCCUGGGGGCUGCUGCUGGUGGGCGCCCUGGGGGUGUUCUGCUGGCAGUUCGGGCUCCUCUUAGCACAAUACUGACGUCACCCGGUCAUCAUGACCGUGUCCGUGCACUCGGAGCUGAGGCUCUUCCCAGCCGUCACUCUGUGCGACAUGAACCCACACAGGCCAUGCUCAGCCCGCUACCACCUGCAGGUACUCGAUGAGUUUGCCCAGGAGAAUAUCCACUCUCUCUACAAAUUCAACUUCAGCGAGAACAGGCACGUCCUCUUUGCUGACGCCCGGCUCCCACAGCCUGCCUUCUACCUGGACCGCGGGAUCCGCCUACAGAGGCUGAGCCAACCAGGCGGCCAGAACAAAGUGGGUUUCCGCCUGUGUAACAGCACCGGGGGAGACUGCUUCUACCGGGCCUUCUCGUCAGCCGUGACAGCCAUCUGGCAGUGGUACCGCUUGCACUACCUGAACAUCUUGGCCCUGACGCCCCCCGCCCGCGAGGACGGAGGCCGCUUUGUCUUCUCCUGCCGAUUCGACGGCCAGGACUGCCAGGCCCGGCACUUCCGAAUGUUCCACCACCCCACCUACGGUAGCUGCUACAGCUUCAGUGGCGUCUCAGCUGCACGGCACCCGGGCAUCACCCAUGGGAUCAGCCUGGUCCUCAGGGCUGGGCGGCAGGACCACCUCCCUCUGCUGUCCACGGAGGCUGGCAUCAAGGUCAUGAUUCGUGGGCAUGACCACCCGCCCUUCCUGGAGCACCAGGGCUUCAGCGUCCGGCCGGGCACCGAGACCACAGUCGGCAUCCGAGAGGACGAGGUGCACCGGCUGGGGGGCCCCUAUGGCCGCUGCACCAAGGGUGUGGAGGGCGUGGACGUGCAGCUGCUCUACAAGGCCUCGUAUGCCCUGCAGGCCUGCCUCGUGUCCUGCUUUCAGCAGCUAAUGGUGGAGACCUGCUCCCGCGGCUACUACUUCUACCCCCUGCCGUCAGGGGCCGAGUACUGCAGCUACGCCAGGCACCCGGCCUGGGGUGAGACCCCCCGGCCACUGGGGUGGAGUGCGGCCAGGCACUGUCGACCUGCAACCUCUCCUCCACCCCACAUCGGCCUAGUGGGUUCAUCUGUGACACACAACCCCCCCCCGGUCACUGCUUCUACCGCCUCUACAAGGACCUGGGCACCCCCCGGCUUCCCUGUACCUCACGCUGCCCCAGGCCCUGCAGGGAGUCUCUACAAGCUCUCUGCCAGGACCUCCAGAUGGCCUUCCUCCAAGUCAGCCGACUGGAUCCUGGCCGUGCUGGGCAAGCGACGCCACAGGAGCCUGAGCCAGAGCCCAGGCCUCAGGAGCAACGUGGCCAAGGUGAACAUCUUCUACCAGGAGCUCAACUACCGUACGGUGGACGAGACGCCCGUUUACUCGGUGCCCCAGCUGCUUUCAGCCACGGGCAGCCUCUGGAGCCUGUGGUUCGGCUCAUCGGUCCUCUCUGUCCUGGAGCUGCUGGAGCUGCUGCUCGACGCCAUAGCCCUCACGCUCCUACGGGGCUGCCGCUGGCUCCGCAGAGCUCGGGGGUCCCAGCCAGGGGCAGCCACGGUGCCAUCCCACGCCACGCCAGAAGCCAACCAGUUGCCCACUGACCACAGGGAUGACAUUAAGCAUCUGGGGGGCCCUGCUGGCCUCAUCUCCCACGACGCUCCCCGGAGCUCUGGCAGGAGUCUUUGCUGAAGAGUUAGGCCAAGUGAGGGGCCCAGCCUCCCCACACCUGAGCCAGCCGGACUUGUUCUGAUCCUGAGGGACAUGGCAGCGGUGGGCUCUCCUGGCUGCCCAGGGUGAACCGGACCAGCCCCACAGAGCCACCCCAGCUAGCCAAGCCAAGCCCAGGGCCCAGGAAGCAGCACUGGGGUCUGCAGGCAGGCACCAGGGUGCCCGGCCACCUGCCCAGUGGCGGCCUCACUCAGGCACCAGGGCAGGGGGAGGGGAGCGAGUGUCCCUACCACUCUGGAUUCCCGAGUCUAGUCUGCUGCGUAGCUGUGUGUGCGCGUGCGAGGCGGGGGGGGGGGCCUCCACAUGGGAGUGUGUCUGUUUGGUCGGUGUCGUGUAAACGCAUGUACGUUUCUAAGUGUGUCAACAUACCUGUGUAUACCCAUGUGCAGGUGUGUGCAGGCAUCUGGUGGAGCCUUCCUCAGCUCGGGGCAGCUGGGAAGAAGGGUCGGGCCAGGCCAAGGCACUUGGUGACCUUGGGCUGCUUUGUAAUAAAACUAGCGAUUCCA